GCCACUUCCGUCUUGGACUAUUUUCAGCAUUUAAAUAGUUGGUACCUCUGGGGAUACCUGAAUACCCUUCGAGUCGAUCGCGCCCCGUUUCCAUUUUGUGAUCCUGAUGUCCUCAUUUACCCCGAAUUACACCACCCUCAUCGUCGACAUCGGCGACGUUUUGUUCUCCUGGUCCUCACAGACAAAUACCUCCAUAUCCCCAAAGGUUCUACGUAAAAUUCUCUCCUCUCCCACAUGGAAUGACUACGAGAGGGGAAGGAUUUCUCAAGCUGAAUGUUACGCUAGGGUCGGCAGGGAAUUCUCUAUAGACCCUGCAGAAGUUGGUCAUGCAUUCCAACAAGCUAGUGACUCGUUGCAAUCCAACGAAGAGCUCAUCUCGGUUAUUCGACAUCUCAAAGCGCGCUCGAAUGGAUCGCUGCAUGUCUUCGCCAUGUCUAACAUCUCUGCGCCAGACUAUGAAGUUCUACGCACCAAGCAUGUUGAUUGGUCGUUGUUUGAUGACAUCUUCACCUCCGCUGGGGUGGGUGACAGAAAGCCUAACCUUGGCUUCUACAAGGUGGUGCUUGCCAGGACAGGGGCUGAUCCCUCCCGCACCAUCUUUGUGGACGACAAAAUAGACAAUGUCCUAUCCGCGCGUUCACUAGGAAUGCACGGAAUUGUUUUCGAUGAUCAUCGUAAAGUCGUCCGCGCGCUUUAUAACUUGCUUGGAGAUCCUGUCGAAAGGGGCAGACAAUACUUGACCUUGAAUGCGAAGAAACACCUAUCCGUAACCGAUAGCGGCGCCGUGUUACGGGAGAACUUCGCUCAGCUCCUGAUAUUGGAGGCGACUGACGACCGGAAUCUCGUCAAUUUGACUGAUACACUCCGGACGUGGCAUUUCUUCGAGGGCAAACCAUUGCUUACUACUGAAGAGUUUCCCUUCGACUUGGAUACCACUUCCAUCGGGUUGACCGUAAUGAGCAGCCCUGAGGACGUAGCACACUCCGUCAUGGAUGACAUGCUUGACUACAUCGAUGACGAUGGGAUUAUUCAGACAUACUUUGACCACCACCGACCUCGGUUUGAUCCGGUCGUGUGCGUCAACGUACUCACAUUGUUCUAUUCUUAUGGACGUGGUCAUCAGCUCGACCGCACUCUUCAGUGGAUACGCGAGGUCCUCCUGCAUAGGGCUUAUCUCGACGGUACGCGAUAUUACGUGACCCCAGAGUGCUUCCUCUAUUUCGUUGGCCGGCUGCUUGAAAUUAGCAACGACGGCUACUUGGCAAUUCACAUAAAGCCGCUGCUGAUCGAACGUGUUCAGGAGCGCAUAGGGGCUGAGGGUGAUGCUAUGGCGCUCUCCAUGCGCCUCUGCCUUUGUGCGUACCUUGGACUACGCAACAACGUCGAUCUCCGCACUUUGCUCCCUCUGCAAUGCGAAGACGGAGGCUGGGAAAUUGGAUGGGUCUAUCAGUAUCCGAGCUCCGGUGUCAAGAUUGGCAACCGCGGACUCACAACAUCCCUAGCCGUGAAAGCCAUUCUGGAGAUGCAACGCGUCCCUAGUCCCCCUCCAUCCCCUUCCACAGCACCCGCAAUUUCCUCGUCAAGCAAGCCUAUACCACUGCCCAAUCUCCUCUCAUGAUGUAGGCGCUUUUUCUAUGCAAAGCGGCUGCCAGCCCUAUUGCAUCGGCAUCGGUCCCAUCCGCA